UCAGCUAGUUCAAUUGACAAAGCUCUUAUUUUUACGUGUUUGUCAAUUGUAUAAACUUGUCUUGGCUUGCCUUUAUAUCCUUAUUAUUAGUUACAAUUCUUUAAAUAUAUAAUUAUCGUUUUACACUGGUUUAAAAAUCCUCAAAACCUGAAAUUGUCCCAUUAUAUUUAUUGCUGUAGUAAAAUGUAGAGUCAGUAAACAAUAAACAAAUGACGGAUACGGAGCGUCGUCUUACUUGCGGACAAUUCAAAGUUUUUAAAAUUUACCCGGACAAGUAAACCAUUUUGGUUUUGUGGUAAAUAUGGGGUAAAUCGUAAAUUUUCACCAGUUAAAGGUAUGACCUGUAACGAUAUCAAGUUUGAUCAAUAGGAAAGAGUGAUAUGAUAUGGUAGAUGAAACAUCACAUUUGCUUGUGCUGAGUGAGGUUCAAGGGCAACAUCAGCAGUAUGAAGAACAUCAUCAACAUGUACAUACCAAGAGAUUACUUCAAUCAAGACAUAUAGAAAUGAUAAGUCUAGGUGGUAUCAUAGGUACUGGAUUAUUCAUAGGAGUACGAUCUCAGUUAGUAACUGGUCCUAUCAUAAGUUUGCUAUCUUAUGCAUAUAUCAGUAUCAUAUGCUAUACCAUAAUACAAUCAGUUGGUGAAAUGUCCUGUUUCAUGCCGAUUAAUGGGUCUAUAUGUCAAUUUCAAUUUAAAUUCUUAUCAAAUAGUAUAGGGUUAUCGAUUAAUAUCAUUUACUGGAUUAGUUGGUCUAUCACUUUGGCAUUAGAGUUAUCAUUGAUUUAUGAAAUGUUAACGUUUUGGGAGUUUCAAUUCAUCCAGGAUAAUCCAAUCUUAAUUAUCUUCAGUAUCUGGUUAAUCCUAACCUUGUUUAAUUUAUUUCCUGUGAACUACUAUGGAGAAAUCGAAUUUAUGAUAUCUAUUCUUAAAGUUUUAUUCAUCAUUUGUUGGAUCUUUAUCAGUAUUUAUCUUAUAUUGCAUAACAACAUUGGGUUUAAAAAUUGGGAUAGAAAGUUAAUCUGGGGAAUUGAUACUAUUCAUAUCAUCAAAAAUCCAAUCCAAUCAAAGGCAGUCAACAUAUUAAGUACAUUGGUAUCCAGUUGUUUUACUUUUCAAUCAAUAGAAUCAAUAGCCAUAUGUUCUGGUGAAAUCAAGGAUGCUCAUACAAGCUUACCAAAAGCUAUCAAGUACAUCCUUGUUAGAAUUGUGGUGUUCUAUAUGUUAACAUUAUUCUUAUUAACCAUAUUAAUCAAAUGCGAUGAUCCAAACUUAACCAAUGAUAACAAUGAUAUCUUCUCAUCUCCAUUCUUGAUAGGUUUGAUAAACUGUGGUAUAAGUUCAUCGUCCUUCAUCUUAGGUACGUUCAAUUCAAUUAUCAUUAUAUGUAUGUUAUCAGCGGCAAAUUCAAACAUUUACUUUGGAUCUCGUUGCUUGAUUUCAAUAAUUGAAUCUGAGUCAGACUUGGAUGCUCCUCCACAUAUGUUUGAAUUCUUAAGUAUUACCGAUUCUCAUGGAGUUCCUUAUCCUGCCAUAUUGCUAACAUCUAGUAUUGGCCUCAUAUCAUUAUUUUCAAAAUAUAAAACGAUAGAGAUCUUAUUCAAAUUAUUGAUUAAUCUAUGUGCUACUUCAGGUUUGAUAAUGUGGUUAUUCAUCCUGAUUUGUUAUCUUCGAUUCCUUAAGAUUUUGAAAUUUAAUAAUUUAAACUAUAACCAUUUGAAUUUUAAAUCAUCAAUCAAAUUGAAAUGGUUGAAUUGGUUUGCCAUUAUAAAUAUCAUCUUGAUCAUCUUUAGUAAUGGCCUAAUCAAUAUUUGGAAAUUCGAUUGGGAUAAUUUCAUUAGUUGUUAUUUAACCCUGAUUAUUCUAGUUAUUUGUACGUUUUCAUUAUCUUGGUAUUGGAAUGAACCAAUAAUCAGACCAAUUGAGGCGAUCGAUAUCUUUACUGAUCAAUCUCCUUAUGCAUUCUCUAAAUAGAGACUUAUAGACUUUUUUUAAUUAUUAUUAUUAUUAUUAUUUUAUAUUGCAGAAUUAAAUAUAAUAUACAUAGAGCAAAGAA